CCGACCCCAACACACGAAGACGGGAGAAAUUCAGGAUGUCCGAGGCGGUCUAGCGGUUAGCAGUGUUUACUGUAUUUUCAUCCGACGGAUGGGCCUUCCUCAUCGAUGUGAUCGUGCUCGGAGCCUGGGAUAACCUUGGAACAACACCAUGUCAGAAUACGACUACCCCAACACAUCUUCUUCGGCCGGCUGUGUGAGACUCCUCCCAGUGCCUUGGCAGAGCGAGCACUUGGCCGAAAUUUGCCAUCAGCUGCAUCGAAAAGUAGUCAUCUGCCAAAAAGCCGUGCGGAGGUUCAUCGCUCGGCAGAGGUUGCGGCAGAGGGUGAGCGGUGGCGGCGGCGGCAGCAAGCAGUGGGCGGCCGUGACUCCCACCAAGGAUGGCCACGGGGCACCACCGCCGUCGGCGUCGGAGGGCGGCAGCGGCCGGCGGUUUUACCGCAAGCUGAGGGCGAUGCACGGCGGAGGAGGCGGCGGAGGUUGCCACCCGCACGAGUGCUCCUGCGGGCUCGAUGGCCUCAAGAGCGGCGCCACCAGGCACAAGCUGGCGGCCAGAGACUGCCGGGUCGCGGCGGCAACGGCGGCGGCGACGGUGCCGGAGAAGGGCCUCUGCUCGUGCGACCAUCGCCGAGUCCUGGCGCUGCCCUUCUCUUUCCCGCCCUUCGGAUUCGCCGCCGCCUCCUCCGCCGUCCCUUCUCCCGCCGCGGGCGCUCGGCCCCCGGGACGGACAUGUUCCUGCCGCACCCCUGCGGUCCCCCCGCGGGGUCCAAAUCCGCGGCGGCGGCGGCGGCGGCGAUGA